AUGGCUGCCUCCCUUCAAGCUGUUCGUGAGGCUGCCCUCGAUGGCCGCAUGCACAACAUACUCACUCGCCGAACCCAGCUGGAGGCCCUUCAGCAGGCGCUGCUUGACAAAGCAGACACCAUUCAGGGGGCCAUUCGCGCAGACACUGAUUGUGCCGCCCCCGAGGCCGCCGUGGAGUAUCUCCUCACACUGAACACCUUAAAGGAAUACCAUCAGUCUUUGAACAUCGAUGGCGCACACCAGGAUGAGUAUGCCAUUGCAAGAGGGGAGGAUGCUGCCAGCCGACGAGAACCCGUGGGAAUUGUAUACAUUGUUCCGACGAGCUAUACAGUCUUCUACUCGGUCCUAGUCGCUGUCGCUGGCGCGCUUACUGCUGGUAACUGCACCGUUAUUGAACUGCCCAUCUCUACACAAGCCCUUCCCGUGUUGAUAAAGAACCUCCUGGAGUCGUCACUUGAUCGCAGUACUAUCGCAUUCGUCCCGACUCCAGCAACGAACGAGGAUCUCGGACCACAACAUAUGCGGCUUCAUCAAGACGAUCACUUACCCGGUAAGGUAGUGGCUGUUGUGGAUCGCACAGCAAAUAUCAAUCACGCAGCUGAAGCACUCGUAGCAGCCCAGUUCAGCUUCGGUGGCCGGUCGCCCUACGCACCCGACAUAGUCCUUGUCAAUGAAUACAUCAAGGAGCAGUUUCUGAUAGCCUUGGUGCGGGCGAGUGUGUCAUUUCCGCCGAGCGCGAGUGCAAUACAAGGAGACGAGAGACGGCCGGAAAAAGACCACCAAGAGGAAAGAGGGGGAUUACGGGUCGUAUCGUCCCUGGGAAGGGGCAAAAUUGUGGAAGCAGACCAACUAGAUCCCAAGACGCUGCCAGAUAAGCCUACUGACGCCCGGUUGCUGGUGCACACUGUGCGCUCGUUGGAUCAUGCCAUCGAUUUGUCAAAUAUGGUCGAAAACCUUCAAGGGGCAUACGUCUUUGCUCACGAGAAGUCUGCCAAAUAUUUGACGCAGUUCAUCAACGCGCAUGUCUCGUUUGUCAACCACAUCCCUGUGGAAGUCCUGGUGGGACCCACUGCCCCUAAACAAGUGGCCUUGGAUCGCUCAGUGAGAUACCCCACCACGGUCUUCUCCGUUCCUCGGCCACAUUAUAUCCGCCCUACCCGGCUGUCGCAGUCAGUCACGGAUAUUCUAAGUACAAAAUCAGCCUCAGCCUUGCAGAAUAUGCUGGUCUUGCAGUCGAGUCAACUGGUCUGCCGAACUCGGCGGCCCUUGGGUGGAGGCGUAGGGUUCUUUGAGCAAGGCAUUCUGACAGGGCUGGGGUUGUUCUCGAUCUCGAUUCUCGCAGGAGUGAGUUCUCUGGGCUAUUGGGCGUGGACUAUGGUAGAAAAGCAUGAAUUUCGCAUGUGA